AUGUCUUUCGACCAGUACUCACAUCAACAAGAUACCAUUUGCAAAGCCACUGAGGGUCUCGAUUUUGCCAAAGCCAUAUGGAAAUCUCUGGCUUGGGGGCCACUUGCUCAUCACUGCGGCCACCAGCCCUACAAGAAGCGCCACGCAAUCAAAAAACAUAUGAAUACUGUCGCUGAGAAGACCAAGAGAAUCGAACGCCUGGACAAUCAUAAACGAAAAGUUUAG